UCAGGCGUAAUCUGCGAGUGCGCGCGCAUCAGUGUGCGAGCUCAGUUCUCAGCACCAAGGACAGCGUCUCUCACAGAGCAUCAGGUCACCCUUGACAAAACCUUGACUGGGAUUCAAUCACGCCAAGAGUGGGACAAGUGAGCGCAGAUGACUGCAAGAUUACUGCAAAACUGAUUUUCCCACCUUCUCCCCAGAGAGAGAGAGUGCAUAUGUGAGGCGACUAUCAACAGGAGCGAGCAUCAUUCUCUUCAAAGGCGUGUUGACAUGGUUCUUGAAUAUGAACGGGUUUCAUGAGUGAAGCCCAUUCCUCUGCGGAGUAGUAGACUGAGGCGAUCGCAUUCCAGUGCUGCUGGAGAGGACGCAGUGAGAGCGGAUCUGUCUAAUCAACGGGCAUCGACACGCAUCCUCCACGGGGCACUCAGCUGGACUCCUCUGCCAUCCAGGGCAAAAUGCGUCUGGUUCUGUUCGCCUUCCUCAUCUCGUGCUCCUGUGCGAGAGGCGGAUGCGAACCCAAGACUGUGAAUAUCGGAGCUGUCCUGAGCCAGAAGAGAUAUGAACAAGUGUUCAAAGACGCUGUCACCCAAGCCAACAAUAUAUACGGCAAAGAUAAGUUCAAGAUGAACGCUAUUUCUGUCACCCAUAAACCAAACGCAAUCCAGAUGGCACUCUCCGUGUGUGAGGAUCUCAUCUCUAACCAGGUGUAUGCGAUCUUGGUGAGCCACCCACCCCAGUCCAACGACCAUCUUACUCCAACUCCGGUGUCCUACACAGCUGGUUUUUACCGUAUCCCUGUAGUGGGCCUCACCACCCGCAUGUCCAUCUACUCUGAUAAGAGCAUCCACCUCUCCUUUCUGCGCACGGUGCCACCCUAUUCCCACCAAGCUCAAGUGUGGUUUGACAUGAUGCGUGAGUUCCAGUGGAAUCACAUCAUCCUGAUUGUGAGUGAUGACCACGAGGGCAGAGCGGCACAGAAAAGACUGGAAACUCUGCUGGAGGAAAGGGAGACGAAGAGUAAAAACAGGAACUAUGAAAACCUCGACCAACUGUCCUUUGACAACAAGCGAGGACCCAAGGCAGAGAAAGUGCUCCUGUUCAGCCAAGACACAAAUCUGACGGCUCUGCUCCAGGAAGCCAAAGAGCUAGAGGCCCGAGUUAUCAUCCUGUCUGCAAGUGAAGAUGAAGCUGCAGCCAUUUACAAAGCAGCGCGCCAGCUCAAUAUGACAGGCUCUGGUUAUGUUUGGCUGGUUGGAGAAAGGGAGAUGUCUGGUAAAGCACUGAGUGAAGCCCCAGAUGGCUUGCUCGGCCUUCAGCUUAUCAAUGGCAAGAACGAGUCUGCGCACAUCUACGAUGCCGUGGCUGUGGUGGCCCAGUCCAUUCAGGAGCUCUUUGAGAAGGAGAAUAUCACAGAGCCUCCUCGAGGCUGUGUUGGCAAUACAAACAUCUGGAAGACUGGCCCACUCUUCAAACGAGUGCUGAUGUCAUCCAAGUAUCCAGAUGGCCUGACAGGCCGCGUGGAGUUUAAUGAUGACGGAGACAGGAGGUUCGCCCACUACAGCAUUCUGAACUACCAGAAAACCCGGCUGGUGCAAGUGGGCGUCUACAAUGGCUCGCAAGUUGUAAUGAACACUCAGAGGAAGAUUAUUUGGCCAGGAGGAGAGACUGAAAAGCCAAAAGGUUAUCAGAUGUCAACAAGAUUAAAGAUUGUCACCAUUCAUCAAGAGCCCUUUGUCUACGUGAAACCAACGUUACGAGAUGGAACAUGUAAGGAAGAGCACACUGUAAAUGGAGUCCUGAUCAAAAAAGUGAUCUGCACUGGCCCCAAUGAGACCAUUCCAGGUCGCCCCACAGUGCCUCAGUGCUGCUAUGGGUUCUGCAUUGACCUUUUGAUCAAACUUGCAAUGACAAUGAACUUCACUUAUGAAGUGCAUUUAGUUGCCGAUGGCAAAUUUGGCACUCAGGAGCGUGUAAAUAACAGCAACAAGAAGGAGUGGAAUGGCAUGAUGGGAGAGCUCCUGAGUGGCUUGGCAGACAUGAUCGUGGCUCCACUUACAAUCAACAAUGAACGAGCCCAGUAUAUAGAGUUCUCAAAACCGUUCAAGUACCAGGGGCUCACAAUACUUGUCAAAAAGGAAAUACCACGCAGUACACUGGACUCGUUCAUGCAGCCUUUUCAGAGCACUCUGUGGUUACUGGUGGGUCUAUCGGUCCAUGUUGUGGCGGUGAUGCUCUACCUAUUAGACCGUUUCAGCCCGUUUGGAAGGUUUAAAGUAAAUAGUGAAGAGGAAGAAGAAGAUGCCCUCACCUUAUCCUCUGCUAUGUGGUUCUCCUGGGGUGUACUUCUGAACUCCGGCAUUGGAGAAGGUGCCCCUCGGAGCUUUUCAGCAAGGAUUUUAGGUAUGGUGUGGGCUGGUUUUGCUAUGAUUAUAGUUGCAUCGUAUACUGCCAAUUUGGCAGCCUUCCUAGUGCUGGAUCGGCCUGAGGAGCGCAUUACCGGCAUCAACGACCCUAGGCUGCGAAACCCAUCAGACAAGUUCAUCUACGCCACAGUGAAGCAGAGCUCAGUGGACAUUUACUUCCGGCGCCAAGUUGAGCUAAGCACCAUGUACCGCCACAUGGAAAAGCACAACUAUGAGAGCGCCGCUGAAGCCAUCCAGGCCGUGCGAGACAACAAACUCCACGCUUUUAUAUGGGAUUCAGCAGUGUUGGAGUUUGAGGCCUCGCAGAAAUGUGACCUGGUCACCACAGGCGAGCUGUUCUUCCGCUCUGGAUUCGGUAUUGGGAUGCGUAAAGAUAGCCCGUGGAAGCAAAAUGUCUCACUGGCCAUCCUCAGUUCCCAUGAGAAUGGCUUCAUGGAGGACUUGGAUAAAACCUGGGUCCGUUAUCAAGAGUGUGACUCCAGAAGCAAUGCACCAGCCACGCUCACUUUCGAGAAUAUGGCAGGCGUGUUUAUGUUGGUGGCUGGUGGCAUCGUCGCCGGGAUCUUCCUCAUCUUCAUUGAGAUUGCGUACAAACGACACAAGGAUGCACGCAGGAAGCAAAUGCAGCUGGCUUUUGCAGCAGUUAACGUAUGGAGGAAGAACUUACAGGAUAGGAAAAGUGGUAGAGCAGAGCCCGACCCCAAAAAGAAAGCCUCUUUUAGGUCCAUCAGUACCAACCUGGCCUCCAACAUCAAGAGACGUAGGUCGUCCAAAGACACGCCAUAUCCUACGGACAUUACCGGCCAGCUCAACCUGUCAGACCCCUCUGUGAGCACAGUGGUGUGAAAGUGGAGAGAGAAAGAGAAUUUGACAGGCAGAAAGAGAGAGACUGGAAAAGCUUGAGACAACACCUUCAGCACCGUCAUUUGAGCAAAAUCCACCCCGUCUCAGCAUAUGCACACUGGAUAUGAAACUUUAAUGGACACACUGUGCCAAAUUCAACCACACUGGAGCAAAUUCACACUGCCACACAGCUUCACUUUUUACAAUUUUUUGCAUUUAUCUAAAAUGUAAAUAUAUAUAUUCUGAUUUCUGUGUCUCCACAUUAGGUCAUCAUUCAGUCUUAACAAAAAAAAUAAUACUGAACAGUUUUUCACUUUUAUGAUUCAGACAUAAUUAUGUUACAUACAGUACAUAUGUAUAAUAUGUCUUUCUACCUCCACCUAAGAUAUAUGUAGCUUAUCUCAACACUUUGGUAGUGUUUUGAUGUUUUCCCAUUUGAAAAGAGCAAACACAGAACUUACCUUUGACUUCUUUGUAUAUUUAGAUUCGAAAAAGUAGGUUAGGGUAGAAAUUGUUUAGCUAUGAAUACUACUGUAGGCGAAAGUUUGGCGCAUUUUGAUUAUCGUUGCACUUGGCUGUACACUUUCUGUGAUUCUCUCCCUUCACUGCCAUUUUCAGAACACUCUCCUGAAGUUAUCCAGGUUGCUUUGGACACAUACUGUGGAUCUUUUUUCACUACUUUAUUUAUU